UGCUUCAACUGUGCGCCCUGUGGAGUGGGCACAAGGGCUGUUGGAAGCUUUUCUCGCACUGCCUUGGCUAGGCUUCCCACCACCCUUUCUAAGCAAACCUCCGUAUUUAGCAUCCCGUCUCUUUAGAGAGCCGCUGUGCACCUCUGUAUUUAGCAUCCCGUCUCUUUAGAGAGCCGUUGUGCACCUCUGUAUUACGGGCUGACUCUGAAAUGGUCCCUAUUUCAGACACUUGACCUGAACUUCCACCAGACUUCAGUGAGUUGCCAGAUGCUUUUUAAGGCUGGGAAACCAUCAAUGGCCUUUCCAUUCAGUAAAUGGCUUUGCUAUCUGUGUAUCUUUCUGGGCACUCAGUACACACUCCUGGCGUGCUGUCUGAAGUGCUAGGAUGUGGCCAUACCAGAGGCAGACUUUGCGUGUCUUGUGUGAGGCACUUUCUAAAACAGCAGUCAGUUUGGGCAGGGGAGUGUGAUACUCCGCACUCCCCAUACAUGGAGAGCCAAAAUAGGAUGAGACAGUAACCUCUGUAACACUGUUAUUCUUUAGUUUGGUGGGCAGGGGAUUCAAGAGGAACACAGAAUUUUUCCUUAUCUAUGUAUAUGCUUGCUUUAUAAAACAGAGAAGAAAAAAAUGUGUAUAACCUACAGAUACUGAGCAAGUUUCUCCACCCUCAUGAUCAGACAAAGUCAGUAAACUAAAACAUAACUGUUCCUACAAUAGUACAAAUGCCUGGUGGCAUCAUACAUUGUUACUCCAUGGAUGAGGAAGAAAGCAAACCAAACCCAACUGUGCUGCUUUUUGCUUCAGUAAAAACAGAGAAGGGCAAAUAAAUACUAGUUGUUGACUAAGGGCAAAAAUGAGGCAUGAAUGUAUAGCAUGGUGAGAAAAGGGCUUAGUAAUCAAUGAAGAGUAGCCUCCCUGAUCCCACCGCAUACACAAAUACAUUUAAUAAGCAGGAGAAAGAAAGAGGCCCAUGGAUGAGCUGCAUGUUUGGCCUUCUCUACAAACCUUUGUAACUCCUCAACACUUUCUGACAGAUUUGGGGGCAAAAUGAAGAGCUAGUUUACUGCUUCUGACUAUACUUGAUCUCAUUUUAAUGCUAUCCACAUUAAAUGGAAAUCCAGAAUUUAAACAGGUUACCAGCACAUUCGCAUGUAUGAUCUGAAUUCUAAUAACCCCAACCCUGUCAUUAAUUACGAUGGUGUAAGUAAGAAUAUCACUUCGGUUGGAUUCCACGAAGAUGGACGUUGGAUGUACACGGGAGGAGAAGACUGUAUGGCUAGGAUAUGGGACCUGAGGUCACGUAACCUUCAGUGCCAACGCAUUUUCCAAGUCAAUGCUCCUAUUAAUUGUGUCUGCUUGCAUCCUAACCAGGCUGAACUCAUUGUGGGUGAUCAGAGUGGUGCUAUUCACAUCUGGGACCUGAAAACGGAUCACAAUGAACAACUGAUUCCGGAGCCUGAAGUUUCUGUCAAUUCAGUUCACAUUGACCCAGAUGCCAGUUACAUGGCAGCUGUCAAUAGUUCGGGCAACUGUUAUGUUUGGAAUUUAACAGGUGGCAUUGGAGAGGAGGUAACUCAGCUAAUCCCCAAGACCAAAAUUCCAGCACACAACCGCUAUGCACUUCAAUGCAAGUUCAGCCCCGAUUCCACGCUCUUAGCUACCUGUUCUGCAGACCAGACAUGUAAGAUCUGGAGGACUUCAAACUUCUCUCUAAUGACCGAGCUGAGCAUUAAGAGCAACAAUCCAGGAGAAACCUCCCGUGGCUGGAUGUGGGACUGUGCAUUUUCUGGAGACUCGCAGUAUAUCGUCACUGCCUCCUCAGAUAACUUGGCCAGGCUUUGGUGUGUGGAGACAGGCGAGAUCAAGAGGGAAUACAGCGGCCACCAGAAAGCAGUCGUCUGCCUCGCAUUCAACGAUAGCGUGUUGGGAUGACGUGCGCUUUGGAAAGAAGGGACCUUUGCUCAUCGCAGGGCUUCUCAUGGCAAGCAUCCGAACUAGAGUAUGUGUUUGUAACUGACCCUCCCCCGCUCUGAGAGACGAUGGCUGAAUCUUCAGCAGAAGCAGCAUUCAGCCUGGAAUGAGAACAGCCUUCAGCUUCCAACCAGGCAAAACGGAAGUAAUCUUCAAUAGAGAGGGGUGCGGGGUGGCCCAGGCUGGGGGGGAGUGGGACGCAGUGCCUUUCACCUCCAUAGUGUGGUUUAGAUCCAGCUCAGGUAGUUAGCGCCUGGAAGGAGUUUAUAGGCAGAUGGAUGUUCAGGGCCUGUAUGAAAUAGGCAGAUGUGCUCAGUCCAAAUCCUAUUGGAUGCACAGCCAGACCCACAAGCAUCCAUCACAUCUGGCACUACUUGGUCUCCUUGUUCAAUUUCAGAGGCAAGGGGCUGGAUGGGCCAUGGAGACUGAAUUCCUCUUGCUGCUACAGAGCAUCCCUGAGGGGAACAGACCCUGCAGUGCCUUUGAGGACGGAGAGGCCUUCACUCUCCAGGGCUGUCGGUUAGCAGUACACCUCCCAUUACUGUUUCCAGGUGAAAUGGAAGCAGUUGGAGGUUGCCCUUGUGACACUGUAUCUUGCUCAAAUCAGAGAGGAUCAGCAAACAUCUUCUGGCAGCUUGUACUUGAUUUUUACCUCCUAGUUGGGGCAGGGAGGCACUCUUGAAUAAGCCCUCCAGCUGUUGGGGUUGCAUACGAAUUGUCUGUUGGCUGUAGCAACGCUACCCCUGAAGGAUGGAUAGCUAGAGGUCUGCUCUUAAAGGAUCCCUUCCGACAGACAAGUGGUUUGGAACUGGCAGUGGCGUGACUAGAGCAGGGUUAGAGGAGCGAGACAUGGACUCUACCUUGGAUGCUCCUGGGUUUUUUGUUAGAAUAAAAAAUUGCAAGUAACGUUUCCUUAGGGUGAAAGGAAACUGCCCCUUUUCGCUCACCCCCCACCUUGAGGGGCAGUGAGGUAGCCAGCACUUCUCACUGGGACCAGAGCGCACGGUAGUUAGUGCCCUGCCCUGAGGCAUUGGCCCAGCCCCUUUCAGGGCACGGAAGGUGGAGAUGGAGCCACUCAAGUGCGUUCCCAUAGGCCCUCUGCAGUGUGGACGGUGCAGGGAAAGCCUCGAGCAGUUUGUGUACGGAGAGGCGGAGAAGCUGUAAUGAACCAUUUUGAAAGGGGCACAGAGGAACAAGAAUCAUUUCCUCAUUUUGGAGGCAGUUUAUUUAAAUCAGUUGCACAGACUUAGCGUUGCCAUUUCAGACACAAUCAACUGUAACUGAGUCACCAACGUUCUUUUCCGUUGAACCUAGUACAUGCAGCCAACACCCAGCCGGUCCCAUUGCUACGUGAUGCGAUUACUCUACGUGCAUGUCUAUAGGUCACAGCCCAGGGGCAGGUUGUAAAUAAAAUGUAUAUAUUGACAGAG